AUGGAACCGGCCCCAGAGGCUGCUCCGGCCCCCACAUCGCCACCACCAUCAGAUUAUUCACCACCACCCUCACCGCCUGAAGACGGUGGAGGAACUCCGCCGCCUGCCGCUCCUUUACAGCCGCCAUCAAACCCAACCCCGUCACGGAAGAAGCGACGUCCAUCAUCUACCUUCACCCCUCCUAACGUUUAUCCGCCACGUGGCAGUGCUUCUAACAGAGAUCCUGACAACAAAUUACCCAAAAAUUCUAACCGGAAAUCACCAUAUAAAUCAAACGACUCCGAUUCAAUUUCAGAUUCUGCUGCCACCACCAGCAUAACAAUCAUCGCCGGUGUAGCUGCCGCCCUUGUGGUGUUUCUUGCUCUCGUUAUCGUUUGUCUGCUCUGUAAUCGGAAGAAGAAGAAACCCUAUUAUUUGGACGACAGCCAUGAAAAAACCUCCAGGAGUAGGCGGUGGUGGACCACAUUACCAUGGCAAACCAGACCAUGUCGUCAAAUUCGGAGCAUUCAGGAGCCAAUUUCAUACGACGAGCUAGCAGCCGCCACCGGAGGAUUCGCCAGAUACAAUAUUUUAGGGCAGGGAGGUUUUGGGUAUGUUCAUAAAGGAGUGUUACCCAAUGGGCAGGAGGUGGCUGUAAAGAGCUUAAAAGCGGGCAGCGGGCAAGGUGAGCGGGAGUUUCAGGCGGAGGUGGAGAUCAUUAGUAGGGUCCACCACCGGUAUCUGGUUUCACUCGUCGGAUAUUGUAUUUGUGAUGCGGAGAGGAUUCUAGUCUACGAAUACGUUCCUAAUAAAACUUUGGACUUCCAUCUUCAUGGAAAGAGUCAACUUGUUCUAGAUUGGCAAACUAGAAUGCAUAUCGCGCUUGGAUCUGCCAAAGGACUUGCGUAUCUUCACGAAGAUUGCCAUCCUCGGAUCAUUCAUCGAGAUAUCAAAUCCGCUAACAUUCUACUUGACCAUCAGUAUGAGGCAAAGGUGGCUGAUUUUGGAUUGGCUAAACUAACAUCAACUAACGACACACAUGUCUCAACUCGUGUAAUGGGGACUUUCGGGUACUUAGCUCCGGAGUAUGCUUCAAGUGGGAAGCUGACAGAUAAAUCAGAUGUUUUCUCAUUUGGGGUCAUGUUAUUGGAGAUAUUAACAGGAAGGAAACCGGUCGAUCCCACGAACGACUAUAUGGAUGACAGUCUUGUCGAAUGGGCGAAACCACUCAUCGCGAAGGCAUUAGAAGAUGGAGACUACAACGAGCUCGUGGAUCCACGUUUGAAAGGUAAUUACGAUCAGAAAGAGAUGGCUCGCAUGGCUUCUUGUGCUGCAGCUGCAGUUCGACAUUCCGCUAGAAAGCGCCCUAAGAUGAGUCAGAUUGUACGAGCAUUGGAAGGGGAUGCAUCGUUGGAUAGCUUGAAUGAGAAUACAACAAAAGGAGGGACACCAAUAAGCAAUGGUGAAACGAGAGUUUAUGACACAAAGGACUACAAUGAUGAUAUGAUGAAGUUUAGGAAGAUGGUGAUGUCGAGCCAAGAAUUUGAGAGCAACGAAUACAGUAGCAGAUCGAGUAUGAGCAACGAGACGAAUAAAUCAUGACCUUUUAGAGACAAAAACUAUAAACUUAUGUAUAGGGCUAAGAAAUUUGUUGGGAAAUGUACCAUUGGAGGUUGGUGUUCCAAAAUAGACAUUAAUGAACCAUUUACACUAACACUAACACUAACCUAAUCCAUAACAAUGACGUAAGGGGAUGUGACUCAUGUGAGAAUCAGACAGUCGUUACCGAUAGUAGAGACAAUCCUUUAGGUGAUGACCUCCGACAUAAAAGAAACAUAAAUAAAAAAGAAUGAUUUG